CUCCAGAUGACCUCAUGCGGGGGAAAAGAGGAGGAGAAGAAGGAAAAGGAGGAGCCCGACGUGCCCGUAGCCUACCUUGCUGAAUCAAACUGGCUUUGGGACUGGGUUUGUGUGGAAGUACGCUCAAAGAACCGGGAGAACUUUUUCCUUUGCCAGCACUAUAAUCUCCAUGACAUUUAUCAGGGUCCUUUAAAGAGAGGAUUCCAGGAAGCUUGCCAUGUUCAAGUCAGUGCUGAAGAAGAAUAGAGAUGGAGGCAAAGGGAGCAAGAAGGAUUCAGGUGAUGUUCACAGCCAUAGUGUUCAAAGGAGAUUUCAACCUGACGGUAACCCCCUGCCUCAGGGGCCCGGGAGUAGUCAUAUUUAUGCGCAAGAGGAUGUAUUGAAGCUAGGAUAUGCCAAGGGAGUGUCAAUGUCUCUUCCUUCCUCACCUCUUCUGCCGCGACAGUCCUACAUGAUGCCCUUACGCCAAAACAAGAGAUCUCCAGGUCCAAUCAGGAAGCCCAAAUAUGUAGAGAGCCCUCGCGUUCCUUCUGAUGCCAUCAUGUCAGCACUCAGAAAGGUGGCAGAUAACAAGGAUUCCUCCCACAAUGAGCUGCAAGCAGAGCAACAGCCAAGCUCCUCCUCUCCUGCCACUCAGGAACUGAUGACAAGGCUGGGCUUUUUACUGGGAGAAGGGAUCCCGGGUACGGCACGCAUACCUAUGGACGACAAGAAUGAAAAGAAGUGCGCUCUGACCAGCCAGGGAAUUAGCCCCUGCUCCACCCUGACCAGCAGCACGGCGUCUCCCAGCACUGACAGUCCAUGCUCCACUCUCAACAGCACGACAAGCCGUCCCCCACUCAGCCAUUCCAGCCCUUGUGGGACCAUCACCAGCCCCAGCUCCACUCUUGAGAGCAAGGACAGUGGGAUCAUAGCCACCAUCACUAGUUCUUCAGAGAAUGACGACCGCAGCGGCUCCAGUCUCGAGUGGAGUAAAGAUGGCAGCCUAAGGAGCACGGGGUGCCAUGGCUUGUCGCAGAGCGUGCGGGCUGACACGUGCUCUCCUGUGGUGGAAGAAGAGUCCAGCAGUGCUACGGCAACACCAGCUGACACCCCGUCCAAGACAGACCACCAGCAGCAGCAGCUGCAGCCCCACACAUCAGCAGGAGCACAGGGGCCACCACGACCUUUAGGUCACACAUCCGACGGGCCUAACCCAUAUCCACCGCAGACAACAUCUUCCCUCAUAAUGCCAAGGCCAAACUCUGUUGCUGCAACCAGCUCCACAAAGCUGGAGGACCUGAGCUUCCUUGAUGAACAGCGCAACACGCCCCUGCGGACGUCCAUUCGCAUGCCUUGGCACAACACAGGAGGGAGGCCACCUCAGGACACUAAAGGACGCUUCGCUCCCUACAAACCUUCAGACAUCAUGCUCAAGCCCCUGCUGUUUGAGGUACCCAGCAUCACUACGGACUCCGUGUUUGUCGGCCGAGACUGGCUCUUUCAGCAGCUGGAGGACAUCCUGAAGGCCAGUGAUUCCAAUGAAAACCACGGCGUUGUAGUGGUGGGCAGCGUUGGGUAUGGAAAGACGGCCAUUAUCUCCCGGCUAGUGGCGCUGAGCUGUCACGGAGGACGCAUGCGCCAGAUCGCCUCUAACAGUCCCAGUGCCUCCCCUAAAAGUAGUGUGGGACAAGGCACAGAGCUUCCCCUCAGCCAGCCCCCACAGCCAACUCCACCAUCCAGUGCCACCAACACACUUAGUAGCAACAGCUGUCCAGGAACUCCUGAGAUGCAACGGCGCCGGGAGGAGGCUGUCAAACGACUGGCUUCAAAGGUUGUUGCGUAUCAUUAUUGCCAGGCCGAUAACACGUACACUUGCUUGGUACCAGAGUUUGUACACAGUAUCGCAGCCUUACUGUGCAGAGCCCAUCAGCUCACUGCAUACCGAGAGCUACUGCUGAAAGAACCACACCUCCAGAGCAUGCUCAGUCUGCGCUCCUGCGUCCAAGACCCCAUGGCUGCUUUCCGGAGGGGGGUCCUGGAACCACUGGCCAAUCUUCGUAACGAGAAGAAAAUUUCCGAGGAGGAUCAUAUAAUCUUGAUAGAUGGACUUAAUGAAGCAGAGUUUCAUAAGCCUGACUAUGGAGACACCAUCGCUUCCUUCAUCACUAAGAUCAUUCCUAAGUUUCCACCCUGGUUAAAGCUGGUGGUCACUGUCCGAGUUAGCUUAAUGGAGAUCACCAGCCUUCUCCCAUUCUCCAAAAUCUCCCUGGACGAUUUUACAGAAAACAAAGAGAUCACCGAUGACCUCAAUUCUUACAUCCAGUACCGGAUCAACAGCAGCAAGGAUAUUAUGAACAACAUCAGCCUGAAUGGCAAGGCCGAUCCUGGCACAGUGACCAAGCUCAGCAGCCAUCUGAUCUCACGCAGCCAGGGUUCUUACCUGUAUCUCAAACUCACCCUGGAUCUCUUUGAGAGGGGCCACCUUGUGAUCAAAAGUGCCAGCUACAAAGUGGUGCCUGUUUCACUGGCUGAACUGUACCAGCUACAGUGCAACAUGAAGUUCAUGACCAACUCUGCCUUUGAGCGCUCUCUGCCUAUCUUCAACGUGGCUCUGGCCUCGCUGCACCCCAUGACCGACGAGCAGCUGUUUCAGGCCAUCAACGCCGGCCACGUCCGAGGGGAACUGCAGUGGGAGGACUUCCGGCAGCGCAUGGAGCUGCUUUCGUGCUUUCUCAUCAAACGGCGGGACAAAACACGCAUGUUCUGCCACCCUUCCUUCAGAGAGUGGCUGGUGUGGAGAGCUGAUGGAGAGAGCACAGAUUUCCUCUGUGACCCCAGGACUGGCCAUGCUCUCAUGGCCUUUAUGCUGUCCCGCCAAGAGGGGAAACUGAAUCGUCAGCAGACAAUGGAGCUGGGACACCACAUCCUGAAAGCACACAUCUUCAAGGGUCUGAGUAAGAAAACAGGCGUGCCAUCCAGCGUGCUUCAAGCUUUGUGGAUCAGCUGCAGUGCUGAUGGUCUUUCUGCAGCUUUGGCUUCCCUGAGGAACCUGUACACACCAAAUGUCAAGGUGAGCCGUCUCCUGAUGUUGGGAGGGGCAAACGUGAAUUACCGAACAGAAGUCCUGAACAACGCGCCAGUGCUUUGUGUCCAGUGCCACCUCGGUCACCAUGAGAUUGCCUCGCUUCUGCUCGAGUUUGGUGCCAGCGUUGAUGUUGUAUCUGAAAACGGGAUGAGCCCGCUGUGCUUCUCGGCCGCUGGAGGACACCUGGGUCUAGUCAUGCUGCUCUGUAAGCGGGGGACCAAGGUGGAUCACGUAGAUAAGAGCGGCCAGUGUGCUCUGGUCCACGCCGCGUUACGUGGACACACAGAGAUCAUCCAGUACCUGUUGGAGCUUGAAUGGAGCGGUGAGGGGCAGCAGCAGGACUGGUUUCUGAAGAACAAAGCUCUGCAGCAGGCUCUGAUUGCAGCCUCCAGCAUGGGGCACACACAGGUUGUGAGAGCCCUGCUGGCACUGAAAAAUGAGCAUGCUGUGCAAAUUGAUAGUCAUGACACUCUGUGGGGCGAAACAGCACUGACAGCUGCCGCAGGCCGUGGGAAGAUGGAGGUGUGCAGCUUCCUGCUGGAGCAGGGGGCGGUGGUGCAGCAGGUGAACCGACGGGGGGUGUCUCCCCUGUUCUGUGCUGUCAGACAGGGACACUGGCAGAUUGCAGAGCUGCUCUUGCAACAUGGUGCUGACAUCAACGUCAGUGACAAGCAGGGAAGAACGCUGCUCAUGGUGGCUGCUUGCGAGGGUCACCUGAGUACUGUCGAGUUUCUGCUGUCUAAAGGUGCUUCUUUAACUUCAAUGGACAAGGAGGGACUGAUGCCUCUGAGUUGGGCGUGUUUGAAAGGACAUAAGAAUGUGGUGCAGUUUUUGGUGGAGAAAGGUGCGGUCAUCGACCACACGGACAAAAACGGACGGACGCCGCUGGACCUCGCUGCCUUCUAUGGAGAUGCUGAGAUCGUCCAGUAUUUGGUGGAAAGAGGAGCAGUGAUAGAGCAUGUGGACCACAGUGGGAUGAGACCUCUGGACCGGGCCAUCGGGUGCAGGAACACUUCAGUGGUGGUGACUCUGUUGAAGAAAGGGGCCAAGCUGGGCUACAGAACGUCUCCUUACGAUCGAUCAGGGAAUGCUGCCUGGGCCAUGGCUACUUCCAAACCUGAUAUCCUCAUCAUUCUUCUGCAGAAGCUGAUGGAGGAGGGAAACCUGCUAUACAAGAAAGGGAAGAUGAAAGAGGCAGCCCAGAGGUACCAGUACGCCCUCAGGAAGUUUCCUCGGGAAGGCUUUGGUGAUGACCUGAAGGCUUUUAAAGACCUGAGGGUCUCUCUCUAUCUCAAUCUCUCCCGAUGUCGCAGAAAAACUAAUGAUUUUGGGAUGGCUGAGGAAUUUGCAACAAAAGCGCUGGAGCUGAAACCCAAAUCCUACGAGGCCUACUACGCUCGAGCCAGAGCUAAAAGAAGCAGCAGACAGUUCACUGCAGCCCUGGCUGACCUGCACGAAGCAGCCAAGCUGUGUCCCAAUAACAGAGAGAUCCGUCGUCUCCUGGCUCGAGUUGAAGAGGAGUGCAAACAGAUGCAAAGAGCUCAGGCUAAAGGAGGCUUCGCUGGAGCUGCUGCUGCCACUUGCAGCCAGGCAUCAGGAGGCCAUGAAUCUGAUCCAGAGCAGGAUGAAAGCCAGAUCGACCCCUCAGAGCACAGACCAGCAAGGAGCUUGGAAGCCCAAAGAGACAUUUUAGAGGAGGAGGAGGAGGAGGAAGAGGAUGAGGAUGAGGACGAGGAGGAGCCAGUGGCCUUGAAGCGUGACAGGACAGGUGAAGCAUGCUGGUCCCAGAACAGUUUCUCCUUCAACAGAGAAUCUGCACCUGUUAACAACUUUGUAACUCCCACUUCACCUCCGGGCCCCAACAGACAUCCUCCCCAUCGAUACCCUCGAGAGCACCGGGAAGCUUUGGCCCAGCAGGCUCUGGUCCUGCAGCCCACCAAGCAGGCUCAGAUAGUAAAGACGAAUCAGCACAUGAGUUCCAUGCAAGCUGUAGGGGGCCGUUCUGCUGGGGCCAAAUCUCAGUAUGCGCCCUCCAGCCCUUUGCCCAGCCGACACAUGUCCAGCAAACUGAAACCAGGCCCAGGUAUUGACAUAAGCCCCCUGCCCUCUCCAGCUGAUGAGCCAGUGUAUGAAAACCGCAUAGUGCUGGGGACUGCUUCGUCCUCUAUGGGUCAGAGUUUUGAUGGCGAGAAUCUGCCUUCUUCCCAGGCUCCUUACUUAUCCUGCAGCUCCUCUAAAGCUCUGGGACCAGAGAGGCUAUCUGCCCACUCUGCUUCUUCUCUGGAGGGACUAGCCUGCUCUGGUCCUGGACCCCUGGCGAACCACAAUCCUGCUGCAACGGGACCUCAGGAAAGAAGCAUCAGCAGCAUGCAUGUGUCCAGCUCCACCAGCAGCCUGGCGUCCAGCAGCAGCUUGUCGGACAGCGGCAAACUGGGACCUGACGUCCGCAGCAAAAUCUCAGACAAAAAGCACAGCCAGCAGGGCGGCGCUGCAGCAGAAUAUAAACCCAGACCUUUCAUGGGCAUAACUGACAAAACGGCCCGAUUUCAGCAGCAGCAGCAGUGCCAUCCUAGCCUCCAGUCUGUUGGUCGCAGCUGGUUUAACCACUCCUCUGAUGGUUUGAUGUGCCACAACGUAUCAACAAUAGGUAUGCCGGCAGUCGAUUGUGAGCUGUCUUAUGGCAAAUCGGUGAACACUUACCAGGAGCAGCACAAAGCUCUGCUCCCUCAGGGUGGUGCUGCAAUGAGUGGCCUACACAAUGGCAUGCAUGCCAAGGAAUUAGCAGAGAAGUUCUGCCAAGCGGCCAACUGCUACAAAGAAUCCAAGCCGGUGCUGGCCAUGCCACACACUUUCAUGGACAGUAAGCCCAAGCAGCCCGGCCUAGGCCGAGAUAAUCCUGCCAUUCACGUAGCUUCAAUGAAACCAAAGCGAUCCUUUAUAGAGUCGAAUGUAUAGAGAUGUUUCGUCUCUCUUUACCGUCCACAAUAAACACAAGCAAAAAUCCAACAUGAGAGGGACAAAUGUUUUUGAAAUCAGCUCCAGAGUCCAGUAUCACCCAAGCUUUUAAGGAGUACUGUCUGCUGGCCACUUGUGAAUACAAACAGGCAGCUCCGAGUUUUAUUCCUCCUAGUCUGCAGCUUCUGUUACACGACAGCUUGUCCGCCGUCAUUCAGCCAAGCUGGAAACGUUGCACUGAAGGAGGCCUGCGGAUAUGUCGUACAAUCCUGAUCAACGCAGCGAGGACAGUGAGCACUUUACACACAGUUAGGCCGAGCAAGUGCUUCAACAACACAUAUAUUUACAACAAUGUUAUUACUGAACAGUUUUAAAUGAAAAUAAGGUUUGAACUGUGUUCAUCACAACUAUGGUGCUGAGAGGCGAGUUUCAAGAAGUUUCUGAUCUAUUCACCUUUUACACACUUUGUACAUAAAAAAUUAAGCUAACUUCAUUACCAAGAGGAAAAAUUCUUUCUAGACUUCCUAUCAGGUCUGUCCAGCUUCACGUUUCUUUGAGUCUAGCUUUAACAUUUUAAACUGGUCAUAAUAAAGCAAGGCACACAUUAAAAUUUUGAGUAUCGCAGCUCAUCCUGUCAAAUAAAUCUGACUCCUUUGACCUACAGGAAAUUGUGGACUUCAUUUUUUCACUUUUCAGUACUUUGGUUUUUGCAUUUCAGCAUCCUAAAAAGAAAAAAAAACACAGGAACCAUUUUAAAAACAGGAUGUUCAGAUGUAAUGGGAUAAAUCAGCACAACCAAUGCAGUCCUAUGGUUUGAUUGAGAGUUUUCAUCUUUUAGUUCUGAAAAAAAAAAUAUCUAACAAAAGCACAGCCUCUGAAUUCUUCAGACGGUAUUGUCGAAAUAAUUUCCGUUUUGGUUUUACAGUAUUUUCUGUCAUUAUCAGUUUGAACUGUUAAAGCUUAUACCUCAGUGUAAUGUUAAGUGCCCCUUUGCUGCAACAAAUGUUUCAAAACAAAAAAAAACUGUCAAAUAUUUAUUUUAGUUUAGUGGUUUGUCCUUUAAUAACUUCAAUUAUGGUGUAAAUUUUUUUUUAAGUAUAGAAGACAUUUUUUUUAUCUUUUGUUUGAGAGACAGGGGGACUUUUUACUUAUGAUUCAAAAACCUUGAACAUUAUCGUUUUCACAAAUAAAAAUAAAAAAUCAGCACAAUCAAUCAACGCCACUCAGGAUCCAAUAAACAACCCAGGUUCCUGCAGCAGAAACCCACUUUCAGCCAUUUCUUUAACUUUACCUGCAGAGGACUUUAAAUCACAGACUCCUUUCAUUUUAAUGUGGAGAGGGAGUGAAUCAUUCCAUCAACAUGAUUUUAAACAAUUUGUUGGACAACUGUUGUCAAGGAUUUCUGUAAAGUUUAACCAAUGUAAAAUAAUCAAGUUCUGGUUCUAAAACACCAGGUUACAGUUCUGAUCAGUUCGCGCUCAGCGGGUUUAGGGUAAGUUAGUUCUAGGGGAUAAAGGUUUAGGGUAGUGUCAUCGAAAAAACACUGUUAGUCUGAAUAUUUUAACAGAUUCUUGGACCUUUUUUAACCUAUUCCUAAAACCUCUGAAUGCGUGUUCAGUUUAGCAGAGCCUGGUAGGCAGGAAAAGGCUACUGUAUCCGCUACAAAUCAGCAAUAUUAACCACAGUACACUGUGUGGUAAAAGUGAUGCGGUCUGAGUACUUCUAGAAAUGUCUGUAAGAACAACUAAGGGAUGGGCAUUCCUGUGACCUACGAAGGAUGUUAUCGAUCCUCAUGAUGUGUAUAUUAUAUAAAUACGUACUGUUUCUUCUUUUCAGUGAAGGUCUACGUUAAGUGUAUUGACAAGUUCAGACUUGUGUAUUUUGAGUUUUAGGCACAAUGUUGUUGAAUUGGUGUUAAAUAUAAAUUUGUACAUUGCAUAAGCCACCAUUAACACUGAAUCCUUCCUGUAUCUGCUCGUUGUUGCUGUCUAGUUAAUUUAUUUACAUUGCCAAUGGCUUGGUUUAAUUGUAAAAGCAAUAUAUUUUAUAUAGUUAUUUUUGCACAGCUGCGAAAGCAUUUUAUGAUUCUCAGUAAUGAAAAUUCAAUACAUGCUACAGUUGCAGUUUAUAUUAGAGUAAGAGAGAAAUAUCUAUAAAACAGAAGUGGUUUGGGGGCUCAGCGCAAACGGCUUUAUUUUAUGCUGUAUGUUAAAUGCAGUUAUGUUUUCAGUAUUGUGAGCUUUUUUAGCUGUGAUCACAUACUGUACUGAAUAUUACUGCCACCAUGGGAGAGUGAAAUAAAGACCCACUGAGGAAAAAUA